ACAUCGCGAAGAGCAUACGGAAUAGUUUUUCCCCCGGAGCUCCUACGAAGGGCGGACGGUAUUCCAAGUCAAAAAAGUUGCCUUUCUGAAUUCUUGUUCACAGGCCUGGACUGAGUUCAUAGGCACCUGGAGUUUCGGUUAAGAUUCGACAUUCGUUAAAUUCCGAACAUGGAUGUGAAUAUUCGGUUGCCGUGUUGGAAAUAAUGGACGAAAAUAUGGGAUGGAACAAACUUAGUGUGUGUGUUCGAAGCUGUGGCAACGAAACGAUGGCACCAAUAUCCUGUGUUGCGGUGGUCACUGUUUGCUAGGGGUGUGAAUUUCGAAGCUAUUCGCAUGCUGAUAUCGAUUGUGUGAAAAGCAGACAAUUUUGUUUCGUGUGUUACUCACCCGCAACAACUACUCCCCGUCAACAUUGAAUUUGUUUCAGUUUUGUACCCCUCACCACUUCCCCAGUUCAGUUCUACCGUCGUGUUACCUCGCCCCUUGCCCGGGAUCCAACGUACAUUAAUUCGCGGUCCUUCAGCUGGUCUACGCUCGUAAUAAAGGAACUAGAAGAAUUCGCGUGUCAACCAGUCCGUGCGUUUUCAUCCUGCUAUUUGCAUGCUCUAUGCGAUGCGAUGUGAGAGUAAGUGAUGACUCUCUGGGGAGCACGAGAAUAACAAUUCAACGGAGAGAGCUUUCUCCGCGUGCAGAUCUCGUUGGCUGAAACCAACUGCUACAGGAUUGGUACAGAGUGGACGGGAAAUUCUGUGAUUUUCCUCGCAAAAUCUGUGUUUUUGGAUCACAGUGAGAAUCCUCUCGCGGCUCACCAGGAUAUUCGCCUGUUUUCGGCUGACUCUUCGCCGUUUGCUGCUGCUCCCACUGCUGGUGCUGGUGUGUAACUGUUAAGGGCGGUUCCGCAGACUGGUAACUUUGCUCUGCACCGUUGCAGAAGUGAUUUGUCUAUUUUUACGGACUAGAACGGUCGAGACCUAGCGUGAAAAGGUGCUUAUUCUAAGACGGAAGUGAUCAGUGAACCGAAGUGCGUGUAAUUCUGGUUGAUGCAGCCGUUCCGGGUGAACAAAUUCGGUUAAUGUUCAAAGCCUGAAGUAGGCCGCUAGGUGAGUAGAGAAAAUCCCAUCCACCGUGCCGUGAGUUGUCCCCGGGGAAACAAACUUUCAUCGGUGAAUUUCGGGCACGGUUAUAGACUUUCCCGGGAUCGAAACGAUCCGUUGAGUGAGCCUGUGAAGUAGUGCGUAUUUCCAGCGUUCUUCGGUCAUGAUUCGGUGCAACGAUUGCGAACAUUUGUCAGUUCAAAAUUGCUGGUCCUUGACGCAGCCCCGAAAAUAUCGAUAAAAGAUUGUGUGUGGACCACACAGAGACAGAAGAAGAGGGACAUUGGGAGAGACAGAGUGCGACAGCCAAAGUGAAAAAAAGGCAGGGAGAGCGAAACGGAACUCGCUGAAGUGAAAGAGCGAAAAUGCGUGUGUAUGUGUAUGUGUGCAAGUGAGAAGGAAUUGCUAAUGGGAAAGCUGCUGAUUCUUUGAGCCCAGGCUGCGGCGAAUCGGUGCCUCACCGGAGGACAUCAGGGAUCAGGGGAAGACAAGUGUGCCAAUUCGGUUUUUUGUCUCACUCGUUGAUACUACGGUUCCUCUCACCUAACAUUUCGGGUUUGUUUUCAUCCCUGUGGCCCACUAGAGCGCCAACUGCCAGCAGAGUUAGGUGGAGUACCACCCAUCGCCACCCACUCGCUCACACGUUCGGUCGUUAGUUCGAAUGGUGUUCUCUCAUCCGCUCUGACUCUGAUGUGUGCGACUAAGUGUUUAUGCGAAAAACAGAGUGUAGUGCUAGGACGGCGAAAAAAGCAGAACCAGAAGAAAGCAAACAAUGGAGAAAAGCGUGAAAAACUGCUGAAAAUUACACAACUAUAAUUUGUGCUUGAGUUGCAACAAAUACGACCGGAGAAGAAAAGAAUCCUUUUAUCCUCGCAAAAAACAAAACCCUUAGCCGACAGAUAAAUAUCCCACUAAGAGUGCACAGAAGUGUUUGAGUGAGAGAAAAAAACGAAAAUAGUACUACCAGAACUCCCGCAGUUGGAAUUAUUUUGAAGCACGAAUCUAGUAAAUCGGAUGGAACAAAGUGAAUAAUUCCUCGCUCGUGACGAAACAAGGCAAAACAAUCGCUCCAACACACAGAAACGCUAGUGUCCUUUGCAAAGAAAAAAGAAGAUAGAACCUUACUGUUAGUGAAAUCUAGUGUAAAAUUUCUAGAACACGACGAGAAACCUUGAGUGCGAGUGGAUUGUUGUUUGGUGAACUUCAAAGCAAAUUCGCUUGCAGGCAAAGGGAAAUUCGAGUGCAGUGUGCAUGUAAAAAAAAAUAAAAUAGAAAAAAAGAAAAACCGGGUGCUACAUUAGCAAACAAACGAAGGAGAAGAAAAUACCGGAGAUCCCGAUCACAUUUACUGAUGGACUGGAUGGUAGUGCGUUGCUUGAAAAGUUCAUUUGUCAGGAUCGGUGUGGCAACAUAGUAGGCGGCCGAUAUUUACCGAGCCGAGCUUGCAGACAGGAAUAAGAAAGACAUAAACGUUUGCAGUUAACCGACCAGUGAAUGGUACAAAAAAAUAAACAAUCGAAUUACGAGUCUUCGUAGUGUUCGUAUUUCUCUCAUAAAGUGACAGUGGACUCUUGCUUUUCCGUAGACUUAGGCUCGAAUAGACUACAUAAAAUCCGGUGAAUGUCUGUAUGAAAGUGCAUCAACAAUCGCAACUAGAUAUCCUCAGAAUCGGAAUGAUCCGCAGCUAGCUCGGCUCUAUUUAGCAUCCGCAAAGUGUUCAAUUUUUCUCUGUUGUUGCUGGCGCACUAGUGGACGAAUAGUAGAGAGGUGGUAUCUGAAUCGGUCUGAACCACCGGAAUUGCAACAUCAACAUCGAACUUCGUCGUCGGAUCCAAAUCGAGAGUGCAGUAGAGUUACAUCAUCGUUUCCGUCGUUUUUGUCACCAGAGACAGCGGAACUAAUCAAUCCUGCCGGUGGGUGCUCGAAAUGGCUGGAUUGUCCAUUAAGCCGGGCGUCUCCAUGCUAUGGCGGCAUACGGCGACCCUUCGAUGAUCUCUCCUUCGUCUUCCAUCUCGAACGGCCCAGAGCCCCAGUUACCGCCGUUACCGCCACCGUUACGUUCGACACAAGUACUACAACCGCUGUCAGUGUUCCCAGUAUCAACAUUGAGACACGAAGCUACGUAUGAUUAUGUUUUUGGAGGGCCACUGGACUCGCAGGCCCUGUCAUCAACGCUUAAGCUGACCUCACCUCCAAUACGACUGCGCCCAGACGUGUACCGUUCCCAAUCGAUCGAUUCACAGCGCAGCAGUGGCGUAGACGAUGGGCGUUCCUCGUCCGCACAGCACUCACAGCAUCAUCGGUCGUCCCGUGCUAGUUCACUUAAGCGAUCAAGAUACGUAGGAAACGACGGAACCGCUUCCAUUGGCUCCCGCAAGAGCGAUCGUAGCAAUGGGGAGGAUGAGGAUUCAUUGCGUCAGAUGCUUAUCGAGUUGCAGAAGCAGGUCAGCGUGAUGAGCAUGAAUCUGUCGGCGAAGUUAGACGAUCUGCAGCGGGGUGACCGGCAUCUCGAGACCACGGUCGCCCUCUGCGAGAUUCGUACGCAACUGCAGGAGCUCACCAAGUCGGUGGAAAGCUGCCAGACCGAGGUCUCGGAGGUGAAACGUGAUAUGGUACAAAUCAAGCAUGAACUGGAUACCGUGCAACAGGUGAAGGAGGAAAUCGAGGAACUGCGGGAGUACGUGGAUCGGCUGGAGGAACACACACACCGGCGGAAGCUACGGUUAUUGGAGCAAGGUCUCACGUUCUUCCUGACGUACGCGAUUUUCGCGGCCGUCCUCGGAAUGUUGCAGUUCGGUUACAAUACCGGCGUCAUCAACGCGCCCGAAGUCAACAUUGAAAACUUCAUGAAGGACGUGUACAAGGACCGUUACGGCGAGGACAUCAGCGAAGAAUUCAUCCAGCAGCUGUACUCGGUGGCAGUGUCAAUAUUUGCCAUCGGUGGUAUGCUGGGAGGAUUCAGCGGCGGAUGGAUGGCCAACCGAUUCGGAAGAAAAGGCGGCCUGCUGCUAAACAACGUGCUCGGUAUCUCGGGUGCUUGCCUGAUGGGAUUCACAAAGAUGAGUCAUUCCUAUGAAAUUCUAUUCCUCGGACGAUUUAUAAUUGGUGUCAAUUGUGGCUUAAACACAUCAUUAGUACCAAUGUAUAUAUCUGAAAUUGCUCCAUUAAAUUUAAGAGGUGGUUUAGGUACCGUUAACCAAUUGGCUGUGACCGUAGGAUUAUUAUUAUCACAAGUACUGGGUAUAGAACAAAUUUUAGGAACUAAUGAUGGCUGGCCCGUGCUGUUAGGGCUCGCCAUCUGUCCAGCUGUAUUACAAUUACUACUCUUGCCUAUCUGUCCCGAGUCACCUAGAUAUUUACUUAUUACGAAACAGUGGGAGGAGGAAGCCCGGAAAGCUCUCCGGCGGCUGAGGGCAUCCAAUCAGGUAGAGGAAGACAUCGAAGAAAUGCGUGCCGAAGAGCGUGCACAGCAGUCGGAAAGCAGCAUAUCGACGCUCGAGCUGAUAUGCUCUCCGACGCUGCGAGCGCCCCUCAUCAUCGGAAUUGUGAUGCAGCUGAGUCAGCAGUUUAGUGGAAUUAAUGCCGUUUUCUACUAUUCAACGUCGCUCUUCAUGAGCUCCGGUCUAACGGAGGAAAGUGCUAAAUUUGCCACAAUAGGAAUCGGUGCAAUAAUGGUUGUGAUGACACUCGUAUCAAUACCACUAAUGGAUAGAACCGGUCGACGAACACUGCAUUUAUACGGAUUAGGAGGAAUGUUUAUAUUUUCAAUAUUCAUAACGAUAUCAUUUUUAAUAAAGGAGUUUUUUGGUUACGUGCAGGAAAUGAUCGACUGGAUGUCCUACCUGUCGGUGGUGUCAACGCUGGGGUUCGUGGUGUUCUUCGCCGUCGGGCCGGGCUCGAUCCCGUGGAUGAUCACUGCCGAGCUGUUCAGCCAGGGGCCGCGACCGAGCGCGAUGGCCAUCGCAGUGCUGGUCAACUGGAUGGCAAACUUCGUUGUUGGAAUUGGUUUCCCAAGUUUAAAGACUGCCUUGGAAAAUUAUACAUUCCUACCGUUUAGUGUAUUUUUAGCAAUAUUUUGGAUAUUUACAUAUAAAAAGGUUCCUGAGACCAAAAACAAAACGUUCGAAGAAAUUUUAGCACUAUUUAGGCACGGGAAUGGAAGACAUAUUCGUGAUAGUAGACUGUACGGGAGUAUGCUAAACUGCGUAAAUAAUCUGGAGCCGCAGAGUAUGAACUCGGGUAUCGAACGUGCCGCGCUGAUGAUCUCCGAGGAAAAGACCCAGCACGAUUCACUGUUCGGAACCACCGGUACCAUGGACGGUGAAAUGGGUCCCUAUCCGGUAGGGGACGGUGCCAACCUGCUGGGGCCGAACUAUACGCUGUCCUUCGGUACGGUCGAUCUGAUGGGCUACGGAAGCGAAAGCUUGACAAUCACCGGUGGUGGAGGAGGCGGCGGCGGAGUCGGUGGCAGCAGCCGGCUCAACUACGGAACGACGGGACCAACCGUUAGUACAACUUGCUCACCGAUGCCAAAUAGACGUACGCGGGAUGUAGCCGGUCGUAGCGGACGAGGAACCGGUGGCGAUAGGAGUGGUUGUUCCGGUGGCAGCAAUGGCAUUGCCGCCCGGGACAGUUUCCGGCGGCACUCGGCCCACGGUCGGAUACUGUGCUCAGAUCCUUGAAGGGUCCUCUUCAGUUCCUGCUCGAAAAACCUCUAUGCCAAGGUCACCAUCAAACCAACUUUGCCCCCCUCUCUAUCAACAGAACCGAGUUCUAGAGUUUACCAGAAUAAAAAAAAUAAGAAAAACCAAAAGUUCAAGCUAUCAAGUUGCUUCAGCAGGACCAUUGCCAUCCUUGUGUGCAACGGGGGACAACUUGACCAACAAACGCACAGCGGUGGAAAUGUGAGAAAACUGAACUGUUGAGAAAGCGAGCAAUUUUUUUCCCUGUAUCGUAAACCAUACAUUUACGGGCCUCAUUGUUUGUCGGUAAUCGCAGUAAGCCUCAGUUUUGGUUGGUUUUAUUUGUCACAUAGUCGGGAAAUUUUGAAUCGAAAUGUGAAUAGAACGACUCAAUUGGAUGCGGUUAGCUAUAAACAAUGUUAUGAAUUUUUAGACUCUCGCGCAAAAAAAUCACACAUUAAGAGAAAAUUCAGCAGCAGCAAGAUUAAUAUGGGUGGUCUAUAAUAUAACUGAAUGAAACUGAAACAAAUGUAAACCCAGCAAGUCGUUUUAGUUUUAUUUAUUCGAAAAGUUCUACUGUCAAAUUCAAAACUGGUAAACGCUGCCGUUCUAUUUUUUCUACAUUUGAAACACAGAUAAAACGCUCCUGGGGCUGCCAGUUUAUUUUGUUAUAAUUUCUAGAUUUAAAUUUUAAAACUGACAUAAAUUAUGCACCUAGAACUAGGACACUCCUGAAUAUGCCCUAAUAUUAGUACAAAUGCCGUAUGCCGUGCACCUCAGGGAUGCCAGGUUAAAUUUUUGAGCAGGUUUUAAAUAGUUUGUGCAAUUAAAUUGUUGCAGUGACAGUGGAAAAAUUAUCGCAUUUUCUCGUGCAAAAGUGAAAGUUAAAUACUCUAAAGAUAUAAAAUUCUAAAAUGCCCAUUUAACAUUUGAUCAUAAGUACUAUCCUUAAAUAUCUGCGGCGUUAAUCAGAAAUCUGUAAAUUCAAGUAUAAAUCUGCAUAGGUGGCAUCACUAGUUUUCAUAUACUGGAGUUCAAUCUAAAAAGAGAAGUACCCAGCACGGUGGCAACAAUAAGGCGCUCCAGCUAGUGCUAUCGUAACCAACAUCUCAGUCCUUCGGGGCCAUCAAAGCUAGCAAGUCAGUGAGAGCAAAGUAAACAAAAUGAAGUAAAAUACAACAUUUCAUCGAUUGUGAAAGUCAGUAUUACAAUUGGCACCGCACGUUUCAUAGCGAUAUCACAUUUAUAAUCAAACAUAAAAAAAUCAACUUUCACAGCUAAAUAUCACAGAUAUUUAGCAACAACGAACUUAUAUACUUCUUCGUUGUUUUCGUCUUUGCGGAAAAGAUGAUGGUCACAAAAACAUGGCGGCCUAGCAGGGACUUGGAAGUACCCGUCAAUUGGAUUUGAUUGUCAUAGAUUUGAGUCAAUUUUAUAAAAUCCAGUAAUUUAACGAAUUGUGUUCAACCAGACUCUGUCAGUUUGAAGCGAGAUCAAUCUUCAGUACAGCAACGUCAUCGCACGAAAUCACAUUCAACAUAUCAUGUCAAUUGUAUGGGUGCAUAGUG